CGUCUCCACUGGCUCGCUCGGUGCUGAAGUUGGGCGGAUGGACGGAAAACACCGCUGAUGGAGAUAAAACGGCAGCAUGCAAUCUCACCGCGUGAUACCCCCGAUAUCCGCAUAAACACGUGUAACGACACCCUUUUAGAAGACUGACAUCUAGAACAAAAGGGAUGUCUUAUCCUGGAUCAUUUAGCCCUUGACUCAAGGAAAGGGUGUGCCUGCAAAUACCAGGUGUUUGAAAGCUACCUCCACCCACCUCCCGCAUUCUCCAUCAGGCAUGAUAAGAGAAGAUACAAGAGGCCACGUUUUGUUUUCCAGCACUCUGCCCGUCUCAACAUUUGACAUUACAGUCAUGAUUUUCUUACCUGGUCUUUGGAUGGAUUGCUGCUAAUUUGCAUGCCUCAGAGUGUGAGUGGAGUUGAAAUGAGGAAAAGGCAGCAGGGACGCAUUGAAGGACCCCCACAGGCGCCUGGUCACCCGAGGCCCAACACCUGCUGUCUGUGCUGGUGUGGAUGCUGCAAAUGCCUCUGGAAUGAAGACAGAAGGGAACGUUCAGAGAGGCAAACAUGUACAAAGAUGGAUAGCAUAGAAGCAACAGAGGAACAGCAUCCCACACUGGAUGAGGUGAUUGCUUGGUCACGGAGCUUUGAGAUGAUGAUGCGCUCUCCAGAGGGGAGGGAUGUUUUCCGGGAGUUCUUGCGGUCUGAGUACAGCGAAGAAAACCUGAUGUUCUGGAUCGCCUGUGAGGACCUGAAGAAAGAAAGCAACCCAUCAGCUAUCGAUGAAAAAGCCAGGAUUAUUUAUGAAGACUACGUCUCCAUUCUUUCGCCAAAAGAGGUCAGCUUGGAUUCACGGGUGAGGGAAGGCAUCAACCAAAGCCUGGCAGAACCCAGCAGUACGAUGUAUGAGGAGGCCCAGCUUCAGAUCUACACCCUCAUGCACAGAGACUCCUUCCCCCGAUUUCUCAACUCAUCUGUUUACAGGGAUCUCCUUAACAGCAAGAGGGCCUGCUUAGACACCUAGGUUUCAGCAAGAACAUUUGUGACAAAAAAAAAGCCCCAAGGUGCCACUUUCAAAAGGUGUGAUGUUUCUUAUUUCAAGAGUGAGUAGUUAAGCAAUUCUGAGCAUCCACUAGUGACCCUGAAGUUCAGUUCUGUUUAAGUGCCAAUACGAGCUGCUCAGGCAACUGUGACACAGAAAAAAACGCGUAGGAAAACCGACAGAUCCAUCCUUCCUACUCUCGUCUUUUUCAUUCACCUGUUUUGUCUCUUUCGACUCCUCAAAUCUCCUCUCUCUUCCUGUUUACCUCACCUGUUCUCUUUCUCUCUCUGUGUUCUUUCUACCUGAUCCUUUCCAUCUUUUAUGCCUCACAUAUCUGAGGACAGCUGAAUAAUGUUAUUACUAUUUUUUUUAAAGAAAAUCAAAAACAAAUGGAUAAGCGGUAGAUGUUAAGCUAGAAAACCUUUGCAUGAUACAAGGUUAUGGAAUUUACUCCAGUUUGACAUUUAAGCCCCGGACUACAAUGUUUUUUUUUGUUUUUUUUUUU